AUGGAACCAAUAAGUGGAGGAAUCAAUAAAAACCAAAAUGGCAACACAUCAUCCAAAAAUGAAAAUAAACUGAGUUCGGGUCAGACACCUAGAAGAGUUAAAGUAUAUUUAUUAAAUGGAGAAGAUUGGAUAGAUAAUGGUACAGGAUAUUGUGUAGGGGAAAUAGAUCCAGAAUCAAAACUACCUUAUUUCCUAGUUCGAAAUGAAUUAAAUUCCAAUGAUAUAAUACUAAAAUCAUUCCUUGAAGGUUCUAUUCAAUAUCAACGACAGCAAGAAACAUUAAUUGUAUGGACGGAUACUUCUGGAAAAGAUCUUGCAUUAUCGUUUCAAGAAAAUGAAGGAUGUGCUGAUUUAUGUGAUUUUAUUAUAAAAGUUCAACAAGAAAGUUUGAGCCCGGGGAUAUCGUUAUAUUACGUGAUACCGCAUGUUUCUGAAGGUGAUGAUAUAACUGAAUUGAUAACUGGACCCGUAGUAUAUCCACAAGAUCCUACUGAUGAUAAUUUAGAAUCGGUGUUGGAAGUGAUAAAUCAAGGUUCAAGUUCUCAAUUUACGAGAACGAAAAUACUGCAAUAUAUAAUAGACAACAAAUAUUUCUUGAAAUUGGUUGAUGGAUUCAAUAGAGCCGAGAAGAUGAAGAAAUUGAAGAAUUUAUAUACCUUGAGUGAAAUCAUCAAGUCAUUGUUUUUGUAUAAUGAGACAACGCUAGUUGAAGAUUUUUUAGACACGGAUGAAAAAGUAUUAGCACUUUCCGGAAUCUUAGAAUAUGAUUCUGAAUAUCCUAAACAUAAAUCAUGUCAUCGAGAUUUCCUAAAAACUAAAUCAUUCAAAUCAGUAAUGCCCGUGGCUAAUUUAGAAAUUUUUAAAAAGGAUUUUCAUUUAAAUUUUUUAAAAGAUGUUGUAUUGGCUAGAUUUUUGGAUGAUCAAACAUUCAAUUUAUUAUCUACAUUGAUAUAUCUUAAUCAAGUGGAGAUUAUAAAUUAUUUAAAAGAUAAUACUAUUUUACAAAAAUUGUUUCAAAUUUAUACCGAUGAUGAAACUGAUCUAGAAUUAAAAAGAGAUGGGGUUAAAAUGUUACAUCAAUAUGUCCUAAUUGCUAAAUCACUUCAAUCAUUCCAAAAAUUAGAAUUCUUUUCAUUAUUAGUCAAGAAUGGGUUGUUUCAAAUGAUAAAUUUCGCUUUAAAUGAUAGUGAUAACAAAAUACGAGUACUAGGAACAGAAUUAAUUGUCAUUAUAAUUGAACAAGAUGUAUCAUUAGUUCAUUCAAUAGAUCGAGAAGAAACGAUAGAUAAUUCAGAUCCACCAACUUUAAAUACCAUGCUAGAAGAAUUGAAUAAAGAAGAGGAUAGCACCACAACCGCAACAACCGCUCGACAACAAAAAGAAGUCAAGCUUAAAUUAUCGGAUGAUAUGACAUUAAUCUCAAUCUUAGCUAAAUUAUUAGCAAAAGAUAAAAACCCCGGUUUGAAACUCCAAGCCGUGGAAGCAUUACGGAUCUUACUAGAUACGAAUAUUGCAUCCAAUGGAGGAAGUACGACCGAUAGCAAUGGAGAUGAUAACGGUGGUGGUAGUAUGAAUGAUACAUCCGGAGAGUUUAAGGAUAUAAACACCAAGAAUUAUUUCACGGCAUUUUAUUCCCAAGUUGCCCCGACAUUAUUUAAUAAAUUUAUAAUACUUGCCCAAAGUAAUGAUUUAGAAGACGAAUCAAUCAAGAGUUUGAUUUAUAGUGAUGAAUUGUUAUUUCAACAUUUAUGUGAUUUGAUUUCAUUUUGUACCCGAGAACAUACGACUUUAGUCUCUAGGCCAUUUUUCUUGGAGAAUCAUAUUUUGUUGGGUGCUGCGAAAUUAUUGGAUACAGAUUGCAAAUUAACCCUAAAACUUAGUGUUAUUCGAUGUAUAAAGAAUAUUAUUGGACUAAAUGAUAAUUUAUAUUGUCGAUAUAUUUUAGUUCAUGACAUAUUGGGAUAUUUUAUUCGAUUUUUUGAAACUGUGGUGAUGGAAAAUAAUUUAGCUAAUUCAACUUGUUUAGAUUUUUUGGAAAUCAUUUUAAGAAAUUGUGAUAAUAUAAUUUCCAGCAAAUUACAUAAUUAUAAAUUAUUGGCUAAAUAUUUCUAUGAUAAUUAUAAAGAAUUCUUGGAGACGAAAUUAGAUUAUGUGACUACUGGAAGGGAUUUUAUUGAAGUAGUUGAGAGAUUUGCAGGGAGUAAGUCUACUACCCCAAACCAGCAUCUUCACACACAAGAGAUUAAGACGGAUGAGAUAGGUCCUGGGUCUGAUCAGGAAUUCUUGGAACGAAAUGCUUCGACGCCGAUUAAUGAUGACGAAUUUGUGAAUGAAGAUAAUAAUAAUGACCACGAUUCAAGCAGAAAUGGAAAUUCACUGGCUGAAGACAACAACAACAAUAUGCAUGAAUCUAAAAAGGAAGAUAAUAGUCCACCCGAGAUCAUAAACGGAGACCAACAUGACUCGAUUAAUGGCAAAAAGAGAAAACUAGAACAGGAUGCUGAUGCGGAGAGCAAUCAUAGAAUAAAACUCCAAACGAAGGAAAACAAAGCUGAAGAAGAAGAAGAAGAAGACAUGAUUCCGAACUUAGGUUCUCUGCCCACGGCAGCUGGGAAAUUCACGGAGAAUUUUAAAGCUGAUUUUAGUAAUGGUAAUAAGAGUUUGGCAACAGUAUUGUCAACAUCUCCGGAAGACACGAAAUGGGGGGCUAUUGUAUGA